AUGGUAAAAGCAAGAAAGAAGCGAUGUCCAACUAUAAAACAAACUGCCAAUAUUUCAAGUGUAAUGCGAGCUGAAAUUGAAAAGCAGGGUGAGAAUUUCGAAACUGUUUCGAGUUCGGCAAGUAAUACGAGUUCAAACACUACGGAAAUGUCGAUUCGGGCACAUUCGAAGAGUAGUAAUAGAUCGGAACGAAAACAUGUUCGAAGAUCGGUUAAAAUUAUGGAUGAACAAGUUAUCGAAUAUGAGAAUGAUCUUGUUUCGUGUUAUGCAAAAACAGAUGAUACAAAAUCUUAUGCUUCGAUUGAUGAACAAAUUGAUCCAGAAAUGGAGAAACAAGCGGAGGUACGUGACAAAUAAACAAAUAAAAAUUAGAAAAGAAUUAUAGAAAUUUUCGUCUAAAACUUUCGAAUUCUGCAUCUCUAAGUCGCUCUUAAAGCAUUCUAGAAGCUAAUACUACCCCUAAACCCUCAAUCGUCCCGCUAUAAAAACUCAUCUGGUUAGAAUAUUUAUGAGAAACUAGUUUAAACUAAAAUUAUGAAAAACAUGCUAAAAAUAAGAAUAAAAAAAGAGGAAUGAACUAAAAUAGAGGGAAGGGGGUCACAUUGUAGUUCAAGAAGAAAAACUGAGAAAAUCCGGCCUUUUAUACCCGGGUUUUGGCAGGAAAAAUGGAUUAAAGGUGAAAAACAGAACAAAAAUAAAUUAUUUGAAAGCAAUUGUCGCUGGGGCGCGAUUGGAUGUUUUUGUCGGUUUCUCGGCCACGUCCUCUUUUUUCGAAAUUUCCCGAAUUUCCCAUUUUUUCGCUGUUUUCGCCAUUUGAUUCGAAAAGGUUGCGAGCUUUGACUCGCGACAAACAAUACUCAUUCCAAAACACAAAAUUUACUUUCCAGCCAAGUUUCCGUGUUCCUGCUCCAAUCGUGCCACUGAAAAUCAUCCAAAAUCCAACUGGUCAACCAGUUCGAGCUGAAUAUCUAUCCGAUUUUGAUUUGUGUAAUGCUGUUGAUCCGGCAAAACCACAUACUCAAGCUGCUAAAUUGGAUUUUGUCAAGAGAUUUGAGGCGGAAUUGAAGUUUUGCGAGCAUAUGAUUGAAGAGGUUCAACGAAUUAUCACGCAAAACCAUCGGACUGAUGUGGAGUUGAAAGUUGUGAGAUCGAGAGAUGUGAGUUUGGGGCGAGGGAAGGGAAGAGGUAGGGAUUAAGAUUUGUUCUAGAACUGUUUGAAAAAUAAUUCUUUCAAUUGUUAACUCCAACAUUUAAAAUAAAAACCAAAAUUCAUGUUUCUCUAGAAAAAUCAAAUGCCGGUAUGUAAAAUCCAAAUUAUCCGAAAAAUCAAGCCGGUCAACAUGCAACAAGAAAUUUACAAAAAUAAACAACUUGUCGGUUUCGACACUUUCGAAUUAAAUCGACAACUUGAAUCCACAGUACCAAAUCCGAAAUCAUUUGUAAAACUUCCAACAAUUUAUUCAGCAAUCAAUGUUUUCAACCAUCUCAAAAAUAUGAUUUCAUUGAAUUCGAAAAAAUGA